AUCUGGGUUUUGGGUACCACCGAACGCAAUGUCCUGUUGCGUUACGCUGUUAGCGCGAUAUGAAAAAUACGAAAUGGUGCCGGGUUCGCCCGUUAUCAUCGUUACCUCAGGUUUAGGAGGGGUAGACCAGACGGGGGACGCUGCCACCCCAAUUUAAAUUUAUUUUUAGAUCGUACACCGACUGCAGCUGAUUCCGCAUUCACCUAGCCAAAUAGCCAGCCAGACAGUCAGCCAGCCGGCACUUCUUAUCACGCCCAGCCUCCCGCCUAUCAGACCAUCCCUCUCGUCUGACUGCCACGCAGGACAGAGGGUCAAACACAUGCACCUUCAUUCUUUUUUGACAUAAUGCUUUCGACCAUCCUUAUCGGUUCCGCGGUUCGCUGUGGGUCGGAGAAACCAAAACGUAAUAGGCAAGACAGAGGACAUGAUAAUGCUGAGGGUGGAGCUGCUGGAAAUUUUCCACACUACGGCCGAGUUGCGCGAUAGUUCGGCGAGGUUCUCGCGGUGGUGAUGACGUCUAUACGCGGUUAGCGUAGUGUCCUAUAGAGGUGGUAGGGUUCUAACAACAGGUGCUACCGUCGUUGACCGCUAGAACAACCUAUCCGCCCUUUGGCAUACUCGAUCAGCGGCGCAGCAUUCGGUGGUUAGCGGUGUCACAUGAAUCCGCCAACUGCGCAAUCUCCACACACUUCCGUACAUCGUUCGAUCGAGGAUUUUGUUUAUUUGUUCGUUCGUUGGAUCAUAAUUCCGUCUUCCUGUUCGGCGGCUCGGAUCACACAUAGAGUUCGUGCCUUCUCCCUGGAGCCGAUAAUGAAAGCUGCGCGGCGAAGUGAUCUUGAUGAGCCUACGUUGUAGCCAUCCUUAGCUUCCCUCAUUCGUAUAGAGAUUCGGGAUGUCUGAUAGUACGCGUAAGCGAUGAAGCUGGCCACUUAUAAAGGGCCGUUCACGUGCUGUUCUAUAAGCAUUUGGUGGUAAUCAGUGCAAACUCCUGGACGCCGACACCGACGGAACGGAAAAUAUGGCGGAAGCACUCUAUACCAGUAAACGGAUAUUCCUGAACAGUGCAGCCCCGGUGAGCUCAGAGGAGAAACCAUGUGAGGUGUUUUCUGGCGGGCUGCUUAUCUCGACCAUCGAUGGGCGCGUAACGCGCGUUCUCGACUCCUGGCGAGCGGUCGAGGCCUAUUUGCUAGAGAGCAAGCGGCAAGAGUUGGAAGCAGGCACACGUCUAGAGCAUUACGAUUUCGGCGAUCUGUUGAUGAUGCCGGGACUCGUCGACACGCACGUGCACAUCAAUGAACCGGGCCGAACGGAGUGGGAAGGCUUCCGGACGGCAACCAAGGCGGCGGCGGCAGGCGGCUUCACCACCAUCGCCGACAUGCCGCUCAACUCCAUCCCACCAACGACGAGCGUUGCGAACCUGCGCACUAAGCUGGCAGCCGCUCGUGGUCAGCUGUUUGUCGACGUGGCCUUCUGGGGCGGCAUUAUUCCGGACAACGUGGGCGACCAGGACGGUGGCAACGUAAGCGAGCUGCACCAGCUCGUGGCGGCCGGAGUGAUCGGCUUCAAGUGUUUUCUCUGCCCGAGUGGUGUCGACGAGUUCCCGCCCCUCACCCCGGAACAGGUGCAGCGGGCCGCCCAGCUGCUGGACGAUACGGGGGCAGUCCUGGCGUUCCAUGCGGAGAUGGAGUGCACAGAGCGACAAAUACCGGUAGCGAAACCAUGUUCGGAAAGGACGGAAGACCCGGCCCAUUAUCGGACAUUCCUGGCAACGCGGCCCGAAAUCAUGGAACAGCAGGCUAUCGAUCUGGUGGCGCAGGUGGCGCAGGAUUACAAAAUUCGGGCCCACAUCGUGCACCUGUCGGCAGCCAGUGCAUUACCGGUGAUACGUCGAGCUCGGGCCAAUGGGGCCGAGCUGACCGUGGAAACGUGCCAUCACUAUCUGGCGCUAUCGGCCGAGGACGUACCCGAUACGGGCACCGAGUACAAGUGUUGCCCACCGAUACGAGGCCGCAGCAACCAGGAGCUGCUGUGGCGUGCAGUUAGCGACCGUGACAUCGAUAUGAUAGUGUCGGAUCACUCACCCAGCCCUCCAACCCUUAAGCUGCAGCUGGCCGAGGCCGGCCACCGGCGAGGGAACUUCCUGGAGGCGUGGGGUGGCAUCGCAUCGGUGCAGUUCGGUUUACCCCUCUUCUGGACGCACUGCCACCGGUACGGGCUGGGGCUGACCGAUCUGGUACGGUUACUCGGCACGGAGCCGGCGUACCUGUGCGGCAUGAGCCAGCGCAAGGGCCGUCUCGAUCCCGGGUACGACGGCGAUCUGUGCGUGUGGGACCCGGAAGGUGUGUUCACUGUGACCGAGGAGUUGAUAGAGUUCCAGCACAAAAGCACCACACCGUACCUCAACCGGGAGCUGCGCGGUAUCGUACAUGCUACCUUCCUCCGCGGCACACCAGUCUAUCGGCGCGAUGCGGUUCCGGACCUUCGCUUCGAUGGUCCCCCCCUGGGUAAUAUUCUACUACGCGAUCCGGCCGACUCACAGCAGCAGCAACAGCAUCGCAACCGUGGCCGGUUGAAUGAGGCAAAGAUUUCCGGUCGGCCGCUGUGGGAGUCAUAGCAGUAGCAGAAAAUCUAGCACAGUAUUUAGCGAUCCCUCUGCCCCUCGAUCGAGGACUGCGAUCAUGCGCGUCGCACAGUAGAUAAAAGCGUCGGUUGAAUCUCUCAUCUAGAUAAGCAAGAAAUUUAAAACUGACCAUCCGUCGUGUAGAAUGUAACAAGUCUUCGAACCUCGUAACUCACUCACCCUGCGGCGA